ACUUCACCUCGGUAAUAAUCCCCUCCACGACAACGUCAACUGUAAUUGAAAGACAAGCCGCCAUUUGUCUCCCGCACGCUCUCUCUCUCUCUCUCUCUCUCCUGAGUUUCCACUCCUCCCCCGGUAAAACCACCAGCACCACCCAAAGCCCAGCAGAUCUCUCCAUCCCCUCCCGCAUCUUCCCAAGCCGAAGCAGCUGCUGCUGCUGCUGACCACCCUGUCGACCCGCCAAUCCUCUGCACCCCCCACGUUCGGCCCCCGCAGCAACGUUGUUUUCUUGAAUUGAAGCGCUGUAGCUCGAGCUAGCUCUCGGGGGAACACAUGGGCGCCAAUGGCAAGUCCAGGUGGCGGUUCUCGUUCUCUCGCUCGGUUUCUCCUCCUUCGAAGCCCGGCCCCCCCGGGGAGUUCAUGUGCUCCAUCGUGGGCUCCCUCAUGGCCGACCCGGUGGUCGUGUCCUCCGGCCAGACCUUCGACCGCGUCUCCGUCCAGGUGUGCCGGGACCUGAGGUUCACGCCGGUUCUCGAAGAUGGGUCGACCCCCGACUUCGAGACGUUCUUCCCCAACUUGGCCAUCAAGUCCACGAUCCUCCGCUGGUGCGAGAGGUGGGGGGUCGAGCGCCCCCUCCCGCUGGACUACGCCGCCGUGGAGAAGGCCGUCCGCGCGAAGAUGGCGUCCCGGCGGCAGGAGGAGGAAGGGGACUCUGGAACUGGAGGGCUUAUUAGGGUUUCGGAGAGGGAGCUGCUGAAGAACGUGGCCGGGAACCCGCCGGUGACGUACAAGCACGCGGUGAGCGAGUUGAAUCGCCGGACCGACCGGUUCUACUCGAGCUCGUCGGAGGAGUCGGUGGUCAUCGCGGCGAGCCCGGAGACUCCCCUGCCUCUCAAGACUCGCCCCUGUUGCUAUUCCUCCUCCUCGUCCUCGUCGUCCUCGGAAUUUCAAGAAAUCGAAAACCCUGCGCAAACCCUAGCCCCAAAGUUAAGCUCUCAAGAAGAGGAAUCGGUGUUGAAGCUGAAGAGCAGCGACGUCUUCGAGCAAGAACAGGCGGUGAUGUCGCUGAGAAAGAUCACUAGAUCGCAAGAAUAUAGGAGGUCUGCUCUUUGUACUCCAAGAGUGAUCUCUGCCCUGAAGCCGCUUCUUGUUUCGAAGUACUGCAAUGUACAGGUGAAUGCUGUUGCUACGAUGGUAAAUUUAUCGCUUGAGAAUUCAAACAAGGUGAAGAUUGUGAGGUCUGGUGUUGUCCCUCUUUUGAUUGAGGUAUUGCAAAGUGGGUUUAGUGAAGCCCAAGAGCAUGCUGCUGGUGCUCUAUUUAGCUUGGCCAUAGAGGAGGAUAACAGGAUGGCUAUCGGGGCUUUAGGUGCUUUGCCAGUGUUGUUAAAUGCUUUGAGAUCGGAUAGCGAGCAUACUAGGAAUGAUUCUGCUCUCGCUCUGUAUAAUUUGACACUGGUUAAUAGUAACAGGAUGAAGUUACUGAAGCAUAAUUCCGUUCUGCGGCUGCUGGAAAUGGUGAAAGCAGGAAAUUUGGUGAGCCGGGUAUUGCUUAUUCUCUGCAAUUUGGCUGCCUGUGUUGAUGGAAGGUCAGCUAUGCUCGACGGUAAUGCGGUUAGAGUUUUGGUUGGGCUUUUGAGAAGGAAUGAGGCAAAGUCCAAGUUGGAUAAGGAAAAUUGUGUGGGCACGCUUUAUGCAUUGAGUCAUGGGAAUUUUAGGUUUAAAGGGUUGAUGAAGGAAGCGGGGGGAGAGGAUGUAUUGAGGGAGAUCGAGAAGAGUGGGAGUGAGAGGGCGAGAGAUAAGGCCAAGAAGUUGUUGGAGAUGGUGAGAGAGAGAGAUGAUGGGGAGGAAGAGGAUGUGGACUGGGAGGCACUCCUGGAGUCUACUCAACUUAGCGGGACUGGCUGCGGAGUUGGCGGCGUUGGUGGGAGGAACGUCUAUAGUCCAAAGUCAUCGGAUUUCUGAUUUUUGAUCCUAUGAUCUUGUUUUCUCUGAAUUUCAGUGAUGUGGAUACAGUAAUGACUGGUGUUAAUGAAGGCGAGGGGGAGGAAAUUUGGCGGGGAUUGAGAAAAUGAUGUCGAAGGUGUAAGGUUAAGGUAGGAAGGUGAUGAGCAGGCCUAUCUGCGGCAUAAACAAUGCCAAACUUUUACUGCUCAUCCUGUGCAUCAUAUUUUGGAUUAUGGCAAUCAUAAAUGGCAUCCAUUUGUGCAAUCGGUGGCUCCUGCUGUGGACGGAGAGAAACUAGCGCCAAGCUUCUUUGGUCGAGGAAAAAACUGUCGGUUUUGAUGAUUGUUCGUAUUAGAGCUGGAGGCAAGAAAAGUCACAAUAUCGAGAUGCUGGCAAAGAACACAAGCAGUGUAUAUUCCUUUGUAAUUUAACACAAGAAGGCAUAAUUAUCAAAAGUGGCCAAAUGUAUAACGAUAUUCUGCACAUUUGUCAUGUCUGUGUAAUCUGCUUACAUUGUUGUGGAUGGUGUCGUAGCUGUGUAGUUGUAAAUAGAAAGGAAGAGUGAUUUUGAAGAACUCGUUGAGCUUACUUUUCCUUACAAUUGCCAUGUCCACGGUGUUGUUUAUCUUAUCGUUCUAUGCUAAAGACUAAAGAGAGGUUUUGACUC